GUGGUGUUCUCAUGACCUGCAGAGACUCUGACCAUGGCUCCAAUCCUGCUUCUUCUGCUGACAGCAGCAUGUCUGCAGACAGGAAACUCAGCAGCAUACAGCAGAGAAAAUGACUAUGGGGUCAACCAACCAGCACAUCUCUCUGGAGUCCAGGGCGGCUCCAUCGAGUUCCCCUUCUCCUUCUACUUCCCCUGGGAGUUGGCCAAGAAUUCACACAUGAACAUAGCCUGGAGAUGGAAGGACUACCAUGGAGAAUUCAUCUACAAAUCAACACCACCCUUCAUACAUGAGCACUUCAAGGACCGGCUCAUCCUGAACUGGACACAGGGUCAGACAUCCGGAGUCCUCAGAAUCCUGAACUUGAAGGAGACUGACCAGACCACAUACUUCUGCCAAGUUUUUCUGCAAACAACAGAAGGCAUGAUGUUGUUGCAGUCUAUUUCUGGGACACAACUCACCGUGACCCGUGCACUCAGGACCACCAUGAGGAGCCCCUCCAUCAUCACCUCUGCAGUCACCACAGCUGGCCUGGAGGACACAGGGGGACAGAGGGAUCCUUCACUGCUGAUCCUGAGAGUCAUGGUCAUGAUGAUCAUAGUCAAGGCUGUGGCCAUAAUCCCCAUCUGUGGAUUCAUGAUCAUCCUGUGCUGGAAGCAAAGGCCAGCAGAGUAA